CACGGCCACCAUGCCACAAACCACUUCCACAUCCACACCUUCGCCCACGGCUACCACACCGACAACUAAGACUUUGGUCUGUCGUGUUUGUGAGAAGGGCUUCUCCAAGGCUGAACAUUUGAGGAGGCACGAACGAUGUCGUAAGCACCCCGGAUCCGAGCUCAGUUCCUCGUAAGGUGUGGCAUCAUGUAUGCCUAUUGGUCGUCACUUGCAACAUGUCUAUCACAGCACUUCACACAAAGCAGUGAUUGUAUCCCAAUCUGUACUAAUAUCCGCGGUUUGAAGAUACUGGAUCGAAGCCUUUCAUCUGCAAAGAAUGCCGGCGUCCUUUCGCCCGCCAAGAUGCCCUUACUCGACAUGAAAAGCUACACGUCCGCGCUGCGAUCACCAAGCAGGCUCAAUUACAUCAAUCCGCCGUCCAUGUG